AUGGCAACGACGACUUUCAACGAUCUCUUUCCAGAGAUUGUCCUGAGCAUCAUGGAAAAGCUGCCCGAUGUAGAAUCGUUAAAGUCCCUCGUCCGUGUGAACAAGAGGAUACACAGCAUCUUCACCACUCACAGAAGAGGAGUCGUGCUUCACACCGUCCUGGAAAACGAACUGGGCGAGGACCUCUUCGUCCACGCCCUCGUCACAUGCCACGUCGAGAAGGUGCCCGUCAUGCUGCCAGCCUUUCCCGAGCUCACCGUGGACAGCAUCCGCGGCCAUGUGAACCGGCUGCGCCAGGUCCGGGACGACGCCGCGGCGCUGCAGGAGACGCUUCCCGAGCCGUCGUCCUUUCACCCCAGAGACACGGCCACCCGGAUCACGCUGCGGGAUGCGGACAGGAUGUCUCAUCUGUGGAGCAAGAUCUCGGAGCUGACCGACGUCUUUCUGGAGGACUGCCUCGUGGGAGAGAGCCUCCACUUCUACCCCAUGCAGGACUCGCUUCGGCGCCGGCCGGCGACGGUGGCCGAGAGGAGGAGGGUAGGACACGCGCUGUACCUCUUCCACAUCCUGAGCAUCUUCUGCAAGAAGCUGUAUCUGGACGUGGAGCGGACGCCGCAGGGCGAGAUUGACACCGUCAGGCUUACUGAUAGCUUGGAGAAGCUCAAGGUCCUGCAGCUGAUGCUCGUGCUCCGGUUCAUGGCGCCGUGGGAGCUGUAUCAGCUUAUUUCCCUGCAGGCGUGGGUUCGAAGGGCGCUGCAUGAUUUAGAAGAUGACUGCUAUGUAAGCGAGCGGGUGAUGCCGUAUGUCCUUGUUCAGGGGCUGGAUCGCCUGCACCGGUGCAUAUGUGGGAGCGCGGGAGACGACAAGGUGCUGCGUACUUCUGUGCUCGCGAUGAAGAAGGAGGCCAGCAAGCACAAAGCCCACGGCUUUGGCAUGAUCCUCUCGCGGGGGGAGAGGAGCAGCUGGGCGCGGAAGCCGCGAGAGUUUGAGAGGUACAGGCCCUUUUGGGGAUCCAGAGACAGAGGGGGCUAUCGAAUAUGGCGCCAGUUCGAGAGCCCGCGGUGGCUGCACGCGAGCAUCGACCCGACGAUGCCCGUUGCGUACGACAUCAUGGGCAUCACGCAGGGCAUGCUGGACAUUUGGUCCGCCUCGCUGUGGGAUCCGGCGCGGUGGUACGAGAUCCGGCGGUCGAUGAGGGACAACAUGUUCCCGGACCCGUGGGGGAAGAUUAUGUGCCACUGGGACUCGUAUAUGGUUGGGUGGCGGAGCGCGCUGGAGCCGGGGAUGCUGCCUGGCGUGAAGAGCGAGGCGAGGCUGAGGGUGUUUUUGCGGUGGAUCAGGGGGGUGUUGAGGUUGAAUCAGGGGUGA